AUGAUGAGGGCCUGCCACACGCGUCUGGCUUCGCGUCCGAAGACCUCCUCUGCCACCGACGACGCCUCGCCGCCCUUCGACCACACCAUGAAACGCACUGCCUCGCAGACCUUCAGCUCCAGCACCUGCUACGACGCCGACCGCUACGGCAUGGCCCUCGACGCCGUCAACGAGGGCGAGCCCGGCGAGAGCGCCCUGUCGCGCGCCCUGGGCAACUUCGCCGGCACCUUCACGCGCCAGAAGAGCCGCCGCCGCCUGUCGUCGUUCUCGUCCGCCAGCACCGCGCCCGCCCGCCACCGCCGCGGCUCCAUCCAGAGCUUCAUCGAUAGCCUGCCGUCCACGGCCGCCCAGCGCAAGCCCAGCUCCGAGCACGCCCGUCUGCCGCUGCCGCACACCGACUCGGGCCUGCCGCCGCUGCCCGUCCUGACCCCGUCGCCGAGCAGCGCCAACAAGGGCUUCUCGCUCAAGCGCUUCAGCAGCAUGCGCCGCAAGCCCGCGUCGCCCGCCGAGUCGGCCAAGGCCCCGCAGCACCACACGGGGCUGCUGGCCGCCCAGCUGAUGGGCGGUGCCUCUGCGCGCCAGGCCGCCGCUGCCGCCAACGAGAGCCGUCUGAGCCAGCUGCGCCGCGAGCAGGAGCACACGCACCGCUUCCUCAACGGGCUCAUCUCGUCCGACAAGCCGCACUUCUCCGACGUCGACUUCAACGACAACGAGAGCGGCGUCGACAUGACGUGCUCGUCGCCCAUGGUCCGGACCGACAGCGCCGCGGACAAGAAGAUGAGUGAGUCAGCUGCCUCCUCCCACCCCAACACUGCUAACGAAAAUUCUUCAGCCGACCCGUUCCAACGCCUCCCCGCCGAGCUCGCCACUGCCGUGCUCUCCAACCUCGACGCCACAUCCCUUGCCCGCGCCGAGCAGGUCUCACGCCACUGGCACGAGCACGCUUCAUCCAGCCACGUCUGGCGCAACGUCUUCCUGCGCAAGUAUGAACCCGAGGUCCAUGUCUCGCCCGCCCCCAUCCAGAUGGGCGGCACCGGUGUCGGCAAGCAGGCCAACGGCAAGCCCGCCCCGGCCCAGGACUGGAAGAAGAUGUACUCUGCACGAAGCACAAUCAACAAGCGGUGGAAGGCUGGCACUCCCGCUGCUAUCUACCUCAACGGCCACACAGAUAGUGUCUACUGUUGCCAGUUUGACGAGAACAAGUGCAUCACCGGCUCCCGUGACCGCACCAUCCGUGUGUGGGACCUGAAGACGUACAAGUGUGUCAAGGUGUACGGCGGGCCCAACCACCGCCCGACAAUGAACACACCCCUGCCCAUGGAGGAGCGCUCCGAGCGUGUCAUCAGCCACGCCUCCGUCAACGGCACCAAGCAGGGCAACAAGAUCUACAACAUUCCUUCCGACUACCACGACGCAUCCAUCCUGUGCCUGCAGUACGAUCACGAGAUCAUGGUCACAGGCUCUUCCGACUACACCUGCAUCGUCUGGGACAUCACUGGAGAGGAGUACAUUCCCAUGUACCGCCUCCGCGGCCACGAAGCCGGUGUUCUGGACGUCUGCCUGGACGACAAGUAUAUCAUCUCGUGCAGCAAGGACGCGAUGAUCAAGGUCUGGGACCGCAAGACUGGCGUCUGCAUCCGCACACUCAAGGGCCAUAGGGGUCCCGUCAACGCUGUCCAGCUCCGCGGCAACCUCCUCGUUUCCGCCAGUGGAGACGGCAUGGCUAAGCUGUGGAACCUCGAGACUGGCGCGUCGAUCAAAGACUUCCCGUCAGAGGAUAGAGGCCUCGCUGCUGUUGAGUUCUCUGAUGACGCCAAAUACGUUCUUGCUGGUGGCAACGACCACGUCGUGUACAAGUUUGACGCCAACUCUGGCAACCUCGUCCACAGCCGAGUCAAGCACGAUGGCCUUGUUCGCUCGUUAUUCUUAGAUGCCUUCAACGGCCGGAUAGUGUCCGGCUCGUAUGACCAGAGCAUCCAGGUCUCCGACUACGAGACUGGUGCUACAUAUGCCGUAUACAAGAACUGGACAACGAGUUGGAUCCUCUCUGCAAAGAGCGACUACCGCCGCGUUCUUGCCACGAGCCAGGAUGGCCGCACAUUGAUCUUGGACUUUGGUCACAACGUUCCUGGGUCCGAGUUGCUUGUUGGAGAUAAGUAA